AUGGUACUAAAGCGGAAGAGGGAUGGUCCAGGCCAGACAGACGCCACCGCACCAGUCAUCACUAGGCCAAAGCCGGGUACGAAAGUCUUUGCUUCUGGUAAAGCCGUCAAGGAUGGGCUAGCCACAGGUUCUCCUCAAACAUUCGUGUCAUUCAGACAGCAAAUAGUUACUCCUUAUUCCUUACUACCUCUCGCAAUAAACCAUCCAACUGUAAUCAUCCUCCAACACUACCUUGAUAUCUCGCCAACUUGCGAUGAAAUUUUUAAGGCAUGGCAGAUUGGUGACCAAACGAAAAACGGUCAACAAACUCAGGCAGCAGUCGAGUUGCUAUCCGAGAUCAUAAAUAUCCUCACCACUCUUCCAUUCUUCCGGUCUUCAGUCGUGGGAUUGAUCAAUAAGAUUGUAUCGAACACUGAUCCAUAUCACGAAUAUCUUAAUCGUCUGAUACAGUCUGGCAGCAGAGACGAUGUGUAUCACGGCUAUCUUCUAGCAUCAGCCGCCAUGGGUGUUGACCCCCCUUCCUCAUCUGCUUCACUCGGAUCUUCAAUUGGUAGAUUGGGUAUGAAAGUAUGGGCAAUACUCGUGGAAGGAGGGAGCAUCCGAGGUCUAGGCAAGCAAUUGGGCAUGCGAAGAAGAAACAAGGAAGGAAUGGUAGGAUAUGGUGAACCCGACCCUCUGGAUAAACCAGAUAUUCGACAUCUGAUCCUACGACUCAUCCUCCCACUGUUUGCAACUUCCGCCUUUCACGCUCAUGCUCGAUCUAUCCUUCCCCCUUUAUAUUCUGGGCUCUCAGACGAUCCACCAAUUACCGUUUAUCGCGUUUUGACUGCUUUAUGGAGAGCCAUAUCGGGUCCCUCUGUCGGUCUGAAUAGACGAACCUCUCUUAUCAUGUUUCACGAAAAAUCGCUCGAGCAUCUCUGGCAGCUUUUGUCUCGGCAAGACCUGGAACCUACAACCAGUAAGACGGUAUCUGAAGUAGUGGAAGCCUUUCUGGAAGCAAUCACCACAGUUCCUGGUCAAGGAAUCUGCUUUGUAGACGAAGGUUGGUAUCCCCGUCGUGUGAUUGAGGACACUUCUGGAGCUGCUACAGACAGAGGUGAUGUCCCUACAAACGGAGGCGUCGGUGAUGGAAGAGAUGACAACUGGAAGAAAGGUUUGCACAAUCGUAUCCUUGGCAACGUUGUAAGGAAAGUAGGACACAAAGCGGUGGAUGAUGAUGGGUUGGUCGGAAACUGGUUGACAAAGGUAUUCGAGGCGUGUCCCGAAUUAAUCGCUGGCUAUUGGGCACAUUCCGCCUUGGCCGUCGAGCCCCGUCUCAAUGCCAGAUGGGUGGCCACAAUGGCCUACAUCAAUCGUAUUAUCGCACUAUCCCCACCACCUCUCAGCACCUUCCGACAACCUGUACCAACAGGCUCCGAUGCGUCCUCGGCUCCUUUCCGAUCACAGCCUCCUGCUGUAGACGUCAUGAUCGAAUCAAUUCUGCCUUCACCCCUUACCAAAAGUCAUAUUAUGAAGGGUCUCCAACACACCGAUGGCCUUGUACAACAUGUAACUGCUGCCGUCCUCGCUCGGGGAUUACAGAAAUUGUGCACAAUUCAGGAUUUGUUCCUACAGAUCGAGACAGAAGUCGGUGCCGAACCCUCAACAUCACAGGAGAACCUAUGGACUAGACGUCGACGAGAAUUAGAAAUGGAAGCCAGAAAACGUAUACCUGAAUUAAGCGUGAUCAUCGCUUUCGCUCAAAAAGCCGCCACAAUGGCACCUGCCGACGCAGAUACAGAAGCGGAAAUCGCACUCACUGCAAAAUCUAGUAUGUUGACGGAAGUCGCUCUUCGAAUCUUCGAGCUGUGUAACAAGGCCAUGCCCUCUAUGGCCUCCGAAAUGAAGUUUGAUGUGGGUAGACUGCUAGUCUCUGCAUCAAGUGCUAGUGCGGAAAGAAAAGCCAGGAGAGAAGCAAGAGCAGGCAGUGUAGUCAGCGAUUCUGGGAGUGUGGCGAGUGUUGGAACUAUGGGUACCGCAGGUAUGGGAGGUGGUUUUGGUCAAGCCAGAGGAGAUGUGGAAGGAUUCGAAGCAUUGAGUCAACUUCAUGUUUUGCAGUUGCUAGGCGAGGUCAGAGAUUGGAACUGGAUGAAUAAAGCUGCUGGAUCGCAAUACACUUAUCUCUACCAUAUUCUCCUCCUGAACCUUUCGACUCAACAACUCGUCACCCAAAUGAAAACCGUUUCUCUCGUUGAACACUUGCUUCUACCAACACUGCUGUAUGAACAUGAUCCAGCCGAACUCUCGAUAUGGCUGGAAGCUCUUCCUCGAGCUUCAGAUACAGUCUCAGGACCAAUGCUUCUCGCUCAGCAGAUUCAUCUGCUAUCAUUCCUGGAUGACUGCUUCAGAAGAGCAAUUAAAACACCUUAUAGAUAUCUUGAAGACUCGUUUGCCCUGGUGCCAGACUUUUUCGAAUACACUCGACCAAGCGAAAUGAUUAGUCCAGUAUUGAUGACUAUCAUGGAACAACUCAAUGCGAAAAUCACGGGCCAACUCAUCAGCACCGAAGCCGCUGGUGUUGUCCUGGUAUACUUACGCCGAGUGAUCUUGGGCUUAGUCGGGAAGCAGGGAGACUUGAAAUUCCUGCUGGUCGUGAUCGAAAGGUUAGAUGACAUCUUGGAGAAGGCCAAAGAGUCCGGUCAAGCUCGAAUAGGAUUGAAAGAUGUGGUUCAAGGAAUGAAGGAUGAUUUAGCUUUAAUCAAGGGCAAAGGCAUCGAUAGGAAACCUGAAGUGGCCGAUCCGGAAGCUCACCGUCUGAGGGAAGAAGCCGAUUGGGCGUCCCGAUCGUUCGAAUGGACAUGCCUCAAUCGGUCUACUGCCCAAUGGACAGAUUCUAAAUCUCAAGUUGGUCUUGUUGAGACCUUUAUUGUCUCGACAGGAGAAACCACAAUUCUUCGUAGGGCAAGAUUUAUCCUGCACCUUCUUUCAAGUAAGAAGGGUGUACUGGCUCUGCUUGAAGCAAGGAAAGCUGCCCUAGACUUACUGCACCAGUCUUUGAAUGGUACCUCGACAGAUUCGCGAAAGGCUCAAUUGAAAUUGUACAUAUUCGAUAAUUCUGACCUGAGAAAGCUGUUCCUCAGUGAGGAAGGAGACGAUUACCGCUCUCAACUAGAUCGAUUAACCGUUUACCUAGAUGAAUCUGUGUCUCCGGAUAAAGAACUCGGAGAAGCAGUUGCAGUAGAGCUGGUAGAAGCUCUCAAGGCAGACAAGAGCGGCAUGAACUCUGCGCGAAAUCUCUCCCUUAUUCAGCCUUGGAAACGAUUUAUCCAAGCCGACUCCGCCGUCAAGGCACUCAGAUACAUUGUCAAGCGAUCGGAUAAGAUCGUAUCGGCCAUUACCCCUCAGAUCGUUCAAACCAUCUCGACAAUUGUGAUGGCUACCAAAGAUCCGGAUUAUAUGAUGCGCCACAUCGCAACAGUGAUUCAGCUCAACAUUCUCCCAUCCGUUGUAGCCCUUCUGCAAGAGAUUAUCAUCACGAGAGAUGGCAGCAUUAAGCUGAGCAAAAUAUCGUUAAAAAAGGCAACCAUUCGAGACUUACUGAAGACUAAAGAGAACGCUGCCUUCGAUGUGAUUUCACUCUUGGUAGGCAAUUCAGUCGAUACUGCCAGAUCAAUGUUGUCAGUGUUAACAAAAGAUCCUGGAGAGCUGGAAGACAGAAGAAUUAUUCCGACUGUCGCAGUACUUCUUGACCUCCCAAAUGAUGAGACCCUGGAUGUCGUAUCGUUGGCAAUCUCCGUGAUUACUACAACAGGGUCGCAGAAGAGACACUUAUCAUCUGCGAUUCGGAUUGUUGGGCGCCUAUAUGAAAGUCAAGGGGAAAAGAUCGACGUAUUGAUCAAGAAAAUCGGAUUAUCCGACUUCAGCCUGCCGAUAGCUCAGUUGGUGGAGCACCUCGCGGACGAAGGACAUCAAUCCAGCCAAAUUGCUAUCAGGCACUUGGUGGAGAUCGGUUUGCAACACGCCGUUCGAGUCUGCUCGAAGGUUGGGGAUCUUGAUGAGGAUGAAGUUGCUACUAUGGUCAGCCUCAGACAUGCUAUCGAUUCCUCACCUGAUAUCGAAUUACAAGGUCAAUUGGCCGAACCGUUCAUCACUGCCGUCAUCCAGGACAGGCUGGAGAUCGAAGAUGCAGUUGACCUGGCCGUCAGACUUGCUAAACGAGUUGAAAUAAAGGCAAGCUUCAUUCGUCAACAACUUCAAGCUCUCUUUUCCAGUUCAGCCUAUCACCGAUCUACCAACUCGUCCUGCCCCACUUCAUUCAAACUGGCAUAUGUCCGAUUGAUUCAUGCUCUUUUCUCGGCAUCGACCUAUGUCUCUUGUCAACCCAACUUCAUAGAACCCCUUGUUCUUCUUUAUCGAGGUACCAUGUCGGAAUCCGAUCGCUUGAUACUUAAUAUGUUCCAACUCUUCGAAGGUUAUCGGAAACUCUCCACCUCUAGUGUACUCAAAUAUUGGUCAGCCAAUGGGAUCGUCGGCUCAGGAAAUCGAUCUUUCGACGCUCUCACAUCUCUGGACCCUCUUAGAGUCUUUGCUACUUGUCAAGCAUACCCUUUACAUAGAACUUUGAAAAGUUACGGUAAGCCUGAUGAGAAGCCGGACGAAGGGGAGUCGCUUUACGAUCCAGUGUUCGUUAUGAGUCUUUUAACUUGCACGCUUUGUGAGGGCAACGUGACUGGUUUAGACUGGGUGGAGAUUCUGAGGAGUAAUGCGUUGGGUUUGACAUUGUGCGGCCUGUCUUCAAGAGACAAAGAAGUCAGGUGUGUGGCAGGUUAUGCUUUAGCUAAAGCGUUUACUUUGAUUCUCAAAAAACCAUUUUUUGAGCGAAACCAGGUCCUGUACACCCUGCGACUGCUAAGACAUAGCAUUGAUGCUCCUGCGACUCGUCUCCCUACCCUUACUACACUGUUCUUCGCUCAUGCUCUUCGGUCCCUCGCCAAUCCCUCACACUUCCUCUAUCCACUCACCUCAAGAUUCUUGCUUCAGCGGCCUAUAUUUGAUCCAUCAGAUACACCGAUGUUAUACGGAAUGCUGUACGCAUCUGGAGAUGGCUGGAAGAGAGAAAGAGGAUGGAUGGUGCGAUUCCUAAAAGAAGGAGUGAAGAGUGAAGCUGAUUGGCGAGUUGUCAGGAGACGUAAAGUGUGGUCACUUCUUGCUACUCUCUUCAGUUCUUCGUUAGAUCCAUCUUUCCGACGUACAGUUCUUCAAGCUAUGGAGAGUAUGGUCGAUAUCCCUGCUGCAGCUCGAACGUUGGUUCUUCGUGACGGUCUCAUCGCGUGGCUAGUGAUGCAAUGGACCAACAUCAAUCGUCGUCACGCAAACUCAGCUUUGAAAGGGACCAAAGCUCAGACUUGGGAGAAGGAUGAAAAGGCAAUGAUGCUAAAUAUUGUUGAAAAGAUCUGCAUAGGUAUGAUACCUGGUGAGAAGGAGAGAAUCAAAGAUAGCAAACAGCUUGGAAAAUGGGUAGUACAGAUAGAGAUACUUUUCAAGAGAGUUCUUGAGACAGAUACGGAUAUCGAGCGAUUGGAAACGCUUUCCCGGAUCUUAUAUCGUUUGUCCUUCAUCAAUGGAAUUACUGUCACAUCAAGUAUUUUACCUCUCCUUGUUCAGCAAUUCACCUCCCUCACCAAAGCCGCGGCCGAAGGAGGCCCAAGCGAACGAAUCACGGCGUACUUGUUCCAUGCGGGUCUGAGUUUAAGACUGGAAGAUUUGACAACCAAGAAUGAUGUGAAAGAUGCUAUAGAGGAGAUUGGUUGGAGAGCUGAAAAGGGUGAUGCUGGACAGGAACUGGCGAAUUGGGUCAAGAGGGAGAAGCGAUUAGUUGAAUGGAAGGAGUAA